AUGAGCGCUUUUAGAAUUGAUUCUUAUCCCUAUAUGCAAGGUCAUUGCACUGCUAUUAUAGCUGUGAAGACUAUCCAUACAAAUGUUGAUACUAUAUUUUUCUUUAUCCUUACUACGGUUUUAACUCGCUCAAUCUCUUCAUUUUUUUCUAAUGAUAGAGAAGUUAGAGUUAAAGAUAUUAAGAAAUAUGGGAAAAUGGGUGAUAAAGAACUUGAUAUGAGCAAAUUUGUUUUUUUACGAAUUAAUGAUGAUAAGAAAGUUUCGGAAUUCUUAGGUCAUCAAAGACUUUAUAUAGAAGUUAGAAGUGAUGAAGCAAAGGAAUACGUUGAAAAUGUCCAAAAUUUUUACAGAAAUAGAGAAUAUGACAUUAUUAAAAAAUUCUAUCAGAAGCAGCUUGAAGACUUAAAUAAUGAAAAUUAUUUGAUUGCUAAAUAUAAAGAAACUGAUGGAAAUAAAGAAAUUACUAAAAAUAAAGAAACUGAUGGAAAUAAAGUAAUUACUAAAAAUAAAGAAACUAAUCAUAGUAUUGUCGAAAAAAUCAUAUUUGAAAAACUUAAAAAACCUGUUGGAAAAAGAUUUUUGAAAGAAAAAAUCGAAAAACUUGAAAAAAAUAAAACGAAUAUCCCAGGAACAAAAAUUAUUGCCAAAGAACUUGUCGAAAAUGCAAAGGUUUAUGCUAACAUUCUUGAAAUGGGCUUGUUUCAAUAUAUAAUUUAUUCGCAUAGAGCAAGAAAAGAAGUUCAAUUAAACAAAGAUGAAAUAACUGACGAGGAAAAUAUUAAGGAUAAGAUUAAACUAGAUAUAGAGAAUGCAAAAGUUGAAUGGAUAGUAAUUCCUGAACUUAUGGAAUCUUAUGCUGAUGAUAAAAAUCAUAAAGAAAUAUUUGAAGCUGAAAUCACACAUUGUUAUGCCUUACAAGAAAUGCUUAAUCGCAUGGAACGGGAUGAGGAAUUCAAAAUCGGAACUAAACAUAAAAAAUGUUUAAUUAUGUAG